UAUACCAUUAAGGAAAAACCUAGAUAUUAACAUCAGGUGUUAUACAAGGAAUAAAUAUUGAAUUUCAACAAGUAUAAGUAUAAUCAAGUCUAUAUAAUCCCAUCACAAUAUAUUUCCUUUAAGAUUUUUAAUGAUUACAUUACAGAUUUCAGAAGAAAUAGAUGUGUCAGUUAUAGAGAUUAAGGACCCUGAAAAGUUUAUUCUUGAGGGAAAACGUCACAUCCCUGUAUCCAGUUUGAGAAGAAUCCUGAAUGCGGUUCUUCAGCAUCCUGAUGUAGGCUUCAUGACGAUGAAGAGAGACCACAUGGAUCUCGUCAAUGAUUACAAGCCAUACCAAUACACAAUCUGUCAUUAUAACGAUUUAGAUAAAUCUAACUAUGUAUCGAUUAGUCCGAAUGGUUUGGUGGAGUUUUACAAUGAUGAUGCGGAUUUUUUGCCUUUGGACAGAUUUGAAGUGGAAUAUGAGCUUUAUAAUAAAUUAAAAGAGAUGCCUUCAUUCCAAAGAUAUCGAUUGUGGAAAUCCUUCAUGGUAUGGUUAGGCAAGAUCAGACGGAGAAAAUUCAUGAUUGCAAAAGAAAAACUUGAAGUUUUCUUCAUUGACAAAUAUAAAAGUGUAGAUAAAUAAAUGUGCAACGGAAAGAUUGAUCUGUAUCAGCACUGAAA